GUCCAUUCCCUCUAUCUCUCUCUCUCUCCCACUUCAGUCUUCUUCCUCGGCCCGUUCCUCUCUCUCUUCCACUUCACUCUCUCUUCCUCACCGUCAACUUCCCUCUCAAGCCCAGAUUUCUAAAAUUUCCACAGAAGAUCUCGUCGUCCUUAUGCUUGUGCUAUGAAGAAAAUGGUUCGCUUUAAUUAUGUGGUACAGAAGAAGGGCGCUAGCUGCUGCAUCUAUAUAAUCUCUCCUUCAGGCUUUUACGUCCGUUCGGCCGAGACACAAUCAUCUGCAGGUUGAGAAAUAAAGCAAGUUCCAUUUCCUUCUUUCUCCAAAUACUUGUACUACUUCUCUACAAUAUGAGUAAUCAGGAUGCACUUUCCACUCAUAUUGGGGCAAUUGAGAAACAGCUUAAAAGCUUGGCUCCAAUUUCUAAAAGGCGUUGUAUCUAUAAAGUGCAUGAGCAGUUACGUGAAGUAAAUGAGAAGGCUUACAAGCCUGUAAUGCUGGCCAUCGGUCCUUACAACCACCAUGGCGAGGUUGGCCAGGGGUUUAUGGAAGAGCAUAAAUUACGCUAUCUGAAAGAAAUGCUUGAAAGAACGAACGGACAUGUAGAAACAUACAUGGAGGCCUUGAUUAAAUUGGAAGGAAAAGCUCGUAAAUGCUAUGCAGAAUGCAUUAGCCAGAGCAAACAUGAGUUUGCAAAAAUGAUGCUACUUGAUGGGUGUUUCAUUAUUGAGCUGUUCCGUAAGUAUCAAGAAUAUAACCCAACAAAUGAAGGCGACUUAUAUAACAGUUCUGACUCAACAGACAAAGAUGACUCAACAGACGAAGAUGACCCAAUAUUUCAAUUGACGUGGGUACUUCCUAGAAUAGCUCGUGAUCUAAUGUUAUUUGAAAAUCAACUUCCAUUCUUCGUUCUUGAAGAAUUGUUCAAGCUGAGUGAGAGUAAUGAACCACGAGAUCGUACCGAAUCCAGAAAUUCAGGAGAACACACUAUCGAUAUUGAGGAGAAAGAUGGAAUUAAUGAGCUUGCCCUCAAUUUUUUCUCUGGGUUUUUACCAUUUCGAUGGAAUGUCGAUACAUCGAGUUAUAAUUCAACCGAAAAGAUCAAGAAACUACUUUGUUUGGCGCAUGAAGACCAUUCAUUUCCAGAUAUGGUAUUGGAACGUUUUUAUGUUGGGUUCAGAUUCAUGAAUACAGAGUUUGAGCAUCUCCUUGGUCUCAUACAUGCAACCAUCUGUAUUUCAAUAGUCGAUACGGAAAUAAAACGUCAAGAGGCACGAGUCAAACACAAGAAGGAUGAGAUAUUUCAGCAUCUAUUUGGUCCGAUUUGUAAAUUUGUCUUUCUCAUGAGGAAGGCAACUUCUCAUGCCAGCGAAUUACAGAAGCUUGGAUCCCCAAAGAUUGAAGGGAACUGGAAAGAAAUUCCGUAUGGCUUAGAGCUUCGUAAGGUUGGAAUUGAAUUCAAUAUGGCAAAGAAAUUUAAGGACAAACUAGAUGAGGAUGACAGGUGGAUAAAUAUACCUUUUGACAUUGAACUUCAAGAGGCUGGAAUUGCAUUAAAGAAGGCAAAGAAAUUUAAGGAUCUUCUUCGUGAACGAGAUAAGAAUAAAGGCCGGAAGCCCAAACCGUUUGAAAUGUGGCCGCAAAUGGAUGGAGUCGAAUUAGAGGCAACUGAGAAAUUGAAGGGUCUACUUUGUCUCAACAAGGUUAAAAACUGGAAGUCGAUACCUCACGGCGAAGAGCUUCGUGAUGCUGAAGUCGAAUUCAACAAGGCAAAGAAAUUUAAGCGUCUACUUGCUUUUAGAAAGAUUGAUGACUGGAACAUACAUAGUGCCAUAGAGCUUGAAGAGGCUGGAAUCAAAUUCAAGGCAGAGGAAUGUGAUCCAUUUUCCAUAAAGUUCAACAGUACUGGGCUAAUGGAGAUUUCACCUUUGAGCAUAGGAGAUCAUACAGAGGCUUACUUACGAAAUCUAAUUGCAUAUGAGCAAUACUCUGAUGGAGACAAUGGUUUCGAUUAUGUCACUAAUUAUGUGAGCUUCAUGGACGAUCUCAUUAACUCUCCAAAGGAUGUUGAAUUACUUCGUCGAAGAAGAAUUAUCCGUAAUUAUUUGGGUGAUGAUGAAGUUACCUCAACCAUGGUUAACAAGCUUGGUCACGAUAUCACUAUUUCAACCACAAGCUCCAUUUAUGCUAGAACUUCCAUGGAUGUGAACAUCCAUUGUAGUAGACGCAGGAAUGUGUGGAUGGCGAAAUUAAGGCAUGAUUAUUUCAACAGUCCUUGGGCAUUGCUUUCAUUUCUGGCGGCUGUCUUGUUACUUGCACUAGCAAUUACACAAACCGUAUUUUCCAUUAUUCCUUAGGCUUUUCGUGCGGUGUGUUAAUCUUGAUAUGUAUUCUCUUUGUUAAAGUAAUAAAUAUUGAAUAAUAAGACUUAUGUGGCUCCAAACCA